CUUCACCCUCAGCAUCGUUCGUCUGUCUUCUUCGUUUGUCAUUCCAGAAAUGUGUAUGAAGUUAUUCGCGAAUCGCCAGCACCACAGACGACGACAAUGGCCAAGAUGAAGACAGCAGAGACACCAACAGCAGCGACGCUGCCGCGGUGGCUGCGGUUGUCACUGACAGCGACCAACUAUACAGCCUUCUUCUGCCUGGGCUUGCUGUUGUCCUUGCUGGGGCCCACGCUGCUGGACCUGGCCACCCGCCUCGAUGCCACCAUUGCCCACAUGGCACUGGCCUUCACCGCGCGCAGUCUGGGCUACUUGCUCGGCAGCAUCGUGGGCGGACUCAUCUUCGACCGCACCGCGUACAGCGCCACCAUGCUCGCCACCACGCUGCUUCUGGCCGCAACCGGUUCCUUUUGCGUGCCGCUCGCCAAGAACGUCCCCGUCUUGGCGGCAGUGGUGUCGCUGCAAGGGCUGGCCAUGGGCUUCCUCGACACGGGAGGAAACGUGCUGCUCAUCCGCUGUUGGAAGGCAAACUGUGGACCAUACCUGCAAGGGCUCCACUUCUGCUUUGGGGUUGGCGCAUUCAUCGCGCCGCUGCUCGCAAAGCAGUUCAUUGCGCAAACAUCCACCAUUGAGGGCAUCAACUGUACAGCCACCGCGACGUCACCACCGUCCACACUCGCCACAACACCCGUCACGCCACUGGCGACGACGACGACGAUGACCGUUGCUGCUGGCGAUGGCGAAUCAGGGACCGUGCCGCCCGGGUUUGAGUCUCACGUCGCCACAGCAUACCGCAUCGGGGCAAGCCUGCUCUUGCCGCCCGCACUUGCCUUCUUGGCCCUAGCGCGCUUCACGCCACGUGACAUCAUGGCUGGCGGCCACGGUGGCCAUGGUGGUGACGGCGCGGCAGACGCGACGCCAAAGCCACGCUCGCGCGUGUACGUGGUUGGCCUGCUGUCGGCUGCGUUCUUGUUCUUCAUGCUGUAUGUGGGCACGGAGGUGAGCUACGGCGGCUACAUCUACAGUUACACCGUCAAGAGCUGCGAGCUGCAGUUUUCGGAGCAUGACGGCGCGCUGGUGACGUCCGUCUAUUGGGGGCUGUUUGCUGUUGGUCGCUUCUUUGCCAUCCCGCUCUCCACGCGGUUCAGCCCGCGCACGCUCGUCAUUGUGGACCUCGUCGGCUGCAUGCUCGCCUCCGUGGCAAUGGCGUGCUUCCCGCACAACGCAACGGUCAUCUGGAUUGGCUCGGGCGUGUUUGGCUUCUCCAUGGCCAGCAUCUUCCCGAGCGGGUAUCACAUGGUCGAGACAUACAUGGACAUCUCCAACGCCGCCACCAGCAUAUUGGUUGUUGGCGCGGCGCUUGGCGAGAUGCUGAUUCCACUUGCCGUGGGCACGCUCUUCGACCGCGUUGGCCCGGAGACGUUCCUUGUCAUCAUCGUCAUUGUGCUGUCCAUUGCAACGGGGGUGUUUUUGUUCAUGAUGGCGUGGGUGCACCACUUCAACAAGCACCUCACGUCAUCAUCAUCAUCAGCGAGGGUCACGUACAACAUUGUCGGCGCAGACAGCAUGCUCAUGCACGAGCUCGGGGGUAGCGCUGCGUUCGCCAUCACAGACAGCAGCGAUGAUGACUUGGACGAGGACUUUGCACUGCCGCCCUUGGACGGUGCCCACAUGCACGCAAUGGUUGAUGAUGACGACGACGACGACGAUGAUGAUGAUGAGAUGGUGUAUGACUUUGCUGCUGGAGAGAUGAAGCGACGACUGCUGUGAUUUAAGGGUGUGUGUGUGUGUGUGUGUGUGUUUGUGUUUGUCUUAGGGUUGGAGGAGUAAGAAGAUCCACCAUGCGUGCUUCGCAUGCCUGUUGUUGCGCCUUUCAUUUCAUUUUGAUGAUCACCAAACAAACACCCAAUAGACGAGCAGAGAUCCAACUGCGACACACAA